AUGGCAUCACAAACACCCAAUGCCUCCCAAGGCGGCUGCCAUCAGAUUGGUCAGAUAACGCAGCAAAACAACGAGCUUCAUGAAUCGGGUGUCCAAGUGAGACCUAUGGGUCUCAAGGUGCAUUAUACCUUCGAUAAGGAGGCCAAAAUCAAUUGCUUGGCUCGAUCAGCACAAACACUCUACGUCCAGACAGUUCCCCUCGAUGACACUAAUUCAAUCGGCGUCGUCGACCUACGAGCCUGUUUGCAGGCAGUCACAGAAUGCAGCCCCGAACUUUCGAGCCAAGACGGCGAAAGCGACUUCACAAUCUACGCACUCGAUUACUCGGAACCAGAUACUCCUUUAGUCGGUCAAGGCAUGUUAUCGUGGGCACUGGACUCUAUGCGUUGUGACUGGAUGGCCCAGCUCCCCAAGAUGAUCACUGGACGGGUCACCAAAAAUGUCCUUGCUGUCUUUGGUGGAGGAAACCGUGAGACACUCGAGGUCAAACUCAAGUUUUCUGCCGCAGGUAGGGUUCUGAGGCCUGAACAGGCCAUUGAUAUGCACCCGAUGGAUAUGCAGCAGAUUCCUCUGCAGCCUGUUACAUUACAACCAGCAAAGCCUGCUGAAGGUUGCAUGACCCCCGGUGCGGAAUGGACCUCUUUUAUGCAAUCAAACCCAAACUUUGGACACACCGGACAAGUGUCACGGGUAGCUUCACCUGCCCUGUCCCAAGUAGGACCAAUGUCUAGCAUAAACGAAAGAAGAAAUUCAUUUGUCGGUCAAACCAUGGAGCAGGCCAACUCCGGACCAGAUAUCCAGCGAAUAGCCCCUAUGCCUGUCACCGGAGCAACCACAACAAACCCAAAAUCCAGGCCCUCAAGCAGGAACUCUCGAAAGAAAGCGCCAACGGGUCGGCCCCGUGGUAGACCACGAAAGAAACCUACCGAGGGAAACACAUCUGGAUACGAAGAUGGCACAGAGGGUGAGGAUGGUGGUUCAGGGCCUGCUCCAAAAAGGGCCAAGCCAACCAGAGUUGAGAAGGCUGCCCCAAAUCCCUUCACUUCUGGUCCGGAAUCCCUUCGUGUCACCGCUAGUACCGCUGGCUCACUUCGAAAUUUCCGUCCUGUUGCAAGCAAUGAAGCGGUGGCCGGGAAUCAUCUACAGGAAGUUCCCCGAGCUCCUACACCCGUCCCAGAUAGAGGACCUAUUGGUGGCCCUGCUCAGGGUGGCCCAAAAGGACCGAAGCCUCGGAGGGAGUCAUCGAUGAGGAAGGAAUUAGGUGCUGCUUUGAGCAACCAGAUUCCCCCAAGGCCUCUUCGUGCCUUGUCACCAAGUCAAGAGGACGGUCGCUCUCCUGAAUCACCUGUCGAAACCCCAACUUUCUCAGAGGACAGCCCUCAAGACAUGCGCUCAUCUCCUCCAUUACCACCGACAGCAUCCUUCAUGCGAUCUAGUCCACCCCCUUCCAGUCCUGUCUUGCCUCCAAUGCCGUCACUGCAACGGCAAACAUCGAGUUUCAUGGACAAUGAGACCGACGAUUUAUUUGAUGAACCUAUUUUACAACCAGCCAAAGAGAGCCAGUUCCGCCAGCACAGACCUCAGCAAGUGAUGGAAGACAUUGACAGCACUGGGAUCCCAACUCAAGUUUUUCGUAUCCAGGAUGGCCCUGACGGUCAGGGCCUCGUCCACAUCCAGAAUUUCAACACACCUCAACCAACGUCGACCCCCGCUGGCCCUCCUCCAUCGGAACCUGUUACGGCAAAGAAGAUUCCUAAACCUCGACCGGCUCGAAACCCUCCUCAAAAACGACCUUCAACCCAACCCCAGCCUCCAACGCUCGCUCCAACGCCCCCUCCUACCACAGACGCUCCCGAGAAGAACAGCCCAGCACCUGUGUCUGCAUCCUCGCCAGCAACUGUGACUCAACCUCAAACCGAGCAGCCGGCUCGGCCUGUGGGAGAGGAUGCACUUUUUGAAUUAGUGCGCGCGGUCUCAAGUUCUUCUGAGCCUAUCACUUCAACCGAUACUAACCAAUCUACUCAAGGAUCCUUAUCUUCUUCAAAAUCAAGUGCUGGCAAUGCCAGACCCAAGUCACGAGCACCGCGACAGCUCGGUCGCUCACAGUCUGUGGGAGUCUUAGCUUUGCCUGCUGUGCCAGCCAGCGAGCCUCUUGGGCCAUCCUCGCUCUCCCAGUCCAUGACUGUUGAGCCUCGUGCUUCAACAGAGAUUCCAGAUUGCCUUCGCCGCUCCAAAGCGGUUAGCAUUCACGCAAUGGCUUCUGCCAGUGACCCUAUCGGGCCAUCAGAGACAUCUCUGGUCACCAAUCUUCUGCCUACUCUCCCGGAGGCUACUUUCCCGCAGAGCGACUUCCCUCCAAUGCCCUCGUCUCCCCCUUACAAGUCCAACAAGAACCAAGUGAAGAAGCAUUCGAUCAAACAACGACUUGAGUCAGCAAUUGCAGCUGGCGAAAUGCCUCCGUUCUGUACCAACUGCGGCGCAAUUGAAACUCCUACUUGGCGCAAGAUUUGGGUCCAGGAACAUGACGGAAUUCCAGAGUAUGUGGAAUAUUCAGAAAAGCCCGGGAGAGUUACCGCCAUUGAAAUCCUGAAACGCGAUGAGGACAAAAAGCCCUUAUCUCAUCGGCUUAUCAAGAAAACACUUGGCUUUGACGACGAUCGCAGCAAAUGGUCGGAAAAGCUCCUCUGCAAUCCAUGCGGUAUCUGGAUUGCCAAAUAUCACAACCACCGACCUCAAGACAAAUGGGAUAAUGCCUUUGGGCAUCUGGGACAAAGUCGAAAGAAGCGAUCGUCUGCAGGCCCUGAUUCGCAGGCGAAACGAUCUCGUACUAAGAGUACAUCUGUGUCUGCUCCUGCUCUCACCUCACAAGUGUAUCCUGCUACAGAUCCCCUUGCCCCAAUCCAACAAUCAUCUCCUAAGCAGUUUGAUGUCGGCUCGAUGGAAACAGAGGUCAAUGGGGAUGUGGUCAUGGGCAGUAUGCUUAACUUGUUGGCGGAUGAUGGACGGCAUGUUAAGGACAUGAGCCACUCAGUUCCGGGGUCAACGCAUUCCAGAGUUUCUAGGGGUACUGGAACAGCCGAAAGCCCGAUCGAAAUGGACCUUGAUGAGGAGCUCGGAUGCACGCGACGCCUACUUUUCCCUUCUCCGCGUAAGGAGGGGGCACAAAAGACUUUGGGAGAAUUGAACGUAAACACGGCCAAGAUAAACGACGGCCGACACAAUAAGGAAGCUGUUGGCAAAGAAAACAUGACAUUCGAGACUUACAACGGUGGACAUCUUGAUGAUGAUAUCGAGGCGCUGUUUAACAGCCCUGCUCGCCCUUCCACACCGCCACCCAAAUCCAAGAUUGACACGGACUCAGCACUGUUUAAGACACCGACUCGUCCGACGCCCAGUCACCGUCCCAUAACACGGAGCGUAUCACGGAGCGUUUCACGUUCUCUUCGAUCAGUGAGAGAUAUGUUGUCUCCUAGUCAACAAGCGCUACUGCAACGAACGCCAACCAAAAGCCCUGCGAGCGUUAGGCGCAGCCCGCGGCUGAACCUUGAAAACAAACUCGAUAACGUUCUCGACACUCCCUUGAGCAGAACUAUCACACAAUUACUAUCCGAACCGAACUUUGAUUUGAACAGCACAAACUUUGACUUUUCCAGUCUCCCAUUACUCGAGGCGGACCCUUCCAGCUUGCUCGAGUUUGGCAACUUCCUCGGCGUCGAUAGCAUGACACAAAGUUCCCCAACAAAAGAUAGCCCCAUGUCUUUCUCGUAUGGAGGUUCGGAUAAUGUCUGGGCUGAAUGGGGUAGUACUGAAAAGGACAAGACCACAGCCGAGAAGGAAAAGUAA